AUGAUCAUUAUCUGGGGGAAAGGACGGACCAAGUUCAUCGCUGUCGGAAUCGUGUCCCUCGUUCUCAUACUCCUCAUUCAUCUGCUCGACUUCGCAAACCCCUUUUCCAACCCCGGCGAGCUGUCCGCUUCGAUCGACGUAAUUACUGCGUGCGCUAUCUCUGAUUUUGAACACCCCAACGACUCUCAUUCUGUUGCCGUCCCACAAAUCCCUAACGUUGUUCAUCAAAUAUGGAAAACAAACGACCUCCGAACCUACUCUACAGAAAUGGACGCAUCGCACGACCGGUGGAAGCACGCUCUCGAGCCCCUAAACUACACAAUCAAGCUUUGGACAGACGAUGAUAUCCUCCAACUCAUCAAUGGAAGCUACGCUUGGCUUUUAUCGACGUACGAAGCCUAUCCCCAAAACGUACAACGUGCGGACAUCGCAAGGCUGCUUGUCAUCCAUGCGGAGGGAGGAAUAUACGCAGACCUCGACGUUUACCCGACCUCGGCCACCAAUAUACAAUGUCUCCAAAGUCUCAAUCUAGAGGCUAUAUUCGCCCCUAUGACGGGCACCGGAGGGCUGAGCAACCAUUUUUUUAUGGCGGCGCCCGGUUCCCCAUUCCUCCAGUGGGUGCUAUACGAGGGUAAGCGCCGCAGCGGUGCGACGUCUCGAUUCAUCCCACUGCCAUACCUACAAGUCUUCUGGUCCACAGGGCCUACGAUGGUGACGGCGGCAUUUCGAAAGUACGCAUGGCUAUACGGCAGCCUACAAGACAAUCUGGGCCUGUUGGACGAUAGAUAUUCAACGGCGGUCAUGGCAUGGAUCGGAUGGGCGGGCCCUUAA